CUUAAAUGAAAUAAAAAUAAGAUAGGCCUGAACAUGCCAAAGAAAAUCUUGAAUAGUUUUUAUAAAUCUACAUCGAUGUUGUAAUUUUAAACUGCCCAAUGAAUAACCAAUAUUGUGGUUUAUGUUUUUAAAAUGUUUUAUUUUAUAUUGAUUUACCUUUUCUGCUGAAGAUUUUACUGCGCAGGUGCUUUGUUUGAAAAUGGCGGUCUUCGAGAUAUUUUCUCACCCUGAAGUUCGUCGUUAUAAAUCAACAGUUUGCUCCAAAGCAUCGCUUAUUUUACUUUUUAUAUUUAUUUUAACCUUUAUACCUCCUUUGUUCGUUGUUUAUAGAAGUUAUGGCUUUUGGUUAAAGGAAGCCUAUUAUAGAGAAUUACCUGAUGUUACUUUUAAAAGAGAUUUAAUGUUAGUUUUGGAACUAGAGGGUCAAGGAUCUUAUGUAACUUACAGUACAUAUCAGAAAUAUAAUCAACUUCAACAAGAUCAGUUACGGGUCCCUGUCAUUAAAGCAAGAGAAGAAGAUGUGAAUGGAGAUGGAAGAAAUGAUAAAUUAUUGUUAGAUUUAGAAGUUCCACUUAAUUCAGAAAAUGUAGUUGGGGUAAAAUUAUUGUUGAUGUUUUAUUAUAGACUAAAGAAAUUUUCCUCAUUUUAUAUGGAAUCUUUGGCUUACAUAGAGCAUGAAUCAUCGAGACCAGGAGCACAACUUGAGGCUUUUGGAGAUCUGAAAGUUCAGCAGAAACAACCUCUAGGACAUAAAGGAUUGGAUGUUAGAUACAAUGAAUCUUUAAUAGAUUCUUCAAGUUCUUACGCUGAAGCUUACCUUUUAUCAAACAUAUUAAAGACAUAUUCAGAUAGAAAUGUGACGACUAAAUUAGAUGAUCCAUAUAAAUUAUGGACGAGUGGAAGAGGUGCAGGAAAACCGUUUAAAAUAUCUGUGUCUAUAAAUUAUCCAGAAGAUGUCUUCUUAUAUACUCCAGGAUUUUGGUACCUGAUUAAAUGGGGAUGGAUCCAGUAUCUGGCUGUUCUGAUUCUCUUUGUUUAUAUAUUUCAACAAGUUAAAAUAUUUAUCUUUCAGAACCAGUUAGUUCUAACUCUAGUUGAUCGACCAUAUAAAGAUACUAAGACGUUGUGAUUUAAAUUGUUUUGUUAAAUACAUGUAUAGGUUUAAAUUAUUUUAAAAAUUUAUCUGGCAUUUAAAGUUAUUUUUGAUUUGCCAAUAAUAACAUUUCAAGAAUGAAAAAUUAUAAAAUAUUUGACUCUACCAUCUUAAAAUGCUUUUGCCUCGGAAUUUAUAGGAAGUUUUAUCAAGAAUGAAGUAAUUGAGAUAAAUUAGAAUGGCGUCAUGAAGUUAUUGAAAACACUGUAUUUUAAUGUUUUUAUUAUUAUUAGUGAUCUUCUGAAAUAUAUUAAAUUAAUUAUAUGUUAAGAUUUUGUCGGCAUCAGCUGAUCAUGUAAAUGCAUGUUAUUCUUUUGUCUGGGCCACAACCAUAGAAUCACUAUUGAAGGCUUUUGAAGAUAAUCUAAGUAAAUAUAAGAUUUGACUAUAGCUUAUGAUCUGAGGCGUACUUGGCCCGGGUGAGGGGCACAAAAAAUUUGGGUAAUCAUUGCAAUUCAAACAAGAUCUCCAAGACUUAUAUUCCAAUCUAUAGUACCAAUAUCUUAUCACUUUUUGGUAUAUUUGACUAUACUGUUAUCUGGUGAUGUCCGAGCAACUCCAACUGUUUCCCCCUUUCUCAAAUUCAAAAAGUUCUGUAUUCCUAUGGUUAUCAAAUAAUCGAGCCAUAUAUAUAUAUAUCAUAAACCGCCCAUCAGUCUGCAUUCAUCUAGCGUGGCCGUGGGAACUGGUCUUUUAUUUUCGUGAAUUAUAUCAAGUCAUGUUUUGUCCAAUCCAAUAUCAUAUCCGUCCCAGAAAUAAUUUGAAUAUAGCAUAAUUAUGUAUCGAUUCACAGUAAAUAAACAAAUGUUUAUUUUUAUAUUUUAUUUUAUUUAUUUAUUAUCUAUAUCAGUUUAAACUGUACAUAAUAUUAUAUAUAAUAUAAUAAACAAUUUUUACUUACAUUGUAUAUUCUGUACAUAUGUAUAGCUCAGGGACCCCUUUUUUCACUAAACAGCGUAGUAUAAAAAUCAUACUUUAGUCUACAAAUUUUUCAAUGACCAAUUUAUACUCUGUAUUUUAUGCACCGUUUAGUGAAAAGGGACCUGGUUCAAUACAUAUUUAUCUCUAAAUCUGAAAACAAGAUAAGGUCAACGGAUUGUUUGGUGUGACAACAAAGGGUUAAUGUAUUUUUUUCCAGUGCUAUGAAUAGCUGUUGGACUACAUACUAGAUGGAUUUGUGUUAACCUGGGCAAAUGACCUUAUCUGCUUUCAAAAUUAGAGAUCAAAAGUUAUUGAACAGAGCUAGAGAGUAUUUUUGACUUGUUUAAUCAUUUUAGUAAUGGGGACUGUCUAUAAACCUGUCAUCUUCUGGUGCAUUUUUCUCUGUGAUGACACAAACUAAAACAAUAUGUCAACAAAUUUGUCUAUUUCUAAUUACUGUUAUGUAUAUCAUUAAAUAGUCUCUUUAUAUAUACAUC